GAGCCUCUUGCUUUGUUGUUCUCAAUGACAGACCUCACGGAGCCACUCAUGCAGCCUGACCUCGAGGCUGGAGAAGUGAAACUGGAGGAGGAAGUCCAACCGCAGAAGGAAGUGAAACCGGAACAGCCUCAACCAAAGUACGAGGAUCUUUGGUACGGCAAUCUAUUCGGGCUCAUUAGCCUUGAUGUGCUGCUGUGGAAGCACAGGCUCACUCGUAUGACGAGCAGGCUGGGCCACGAACGCAGCCUCCUGGACUGCUGCUACCUACGUUUUCGGCUGCUACCAGCUGUGAGGGCUACUCCCGUACAUGGCGAUGGCUUGAGGGAACACCUUCUUUAUGAGCCUCAUUAGCUUGGCCAUGCUCCAGCCAGCAGUGAGCUGUGUGUACAAGUGGCUGGACGAUCAAGGAUACAGCCAGUGGUUGGGAAUCCAAUUCCGACCUCACGUGCUUUUUCCCGACAUUUGCCUUGCGGCUGCUGCAUUUGAGCACACGCGUGGGGGAAUGUACAAUUUGCUGGAGGAACAGAUUGGGGCGGUGGACAUCCGGUGUCAAAAAGAUGCUGCACGGAAGAUGCGUGGAAAAAGGACAUGGGAAGCAGGCUGAUAGGCUAUGGGGGAGAGGAGGUUUCAAUUUGUAAGAAGCUUUCUUUGGAGCAGAUCAUAUCUGGAUUGCCGCCUGGGGGGCAUGGAGUUGGUGUAGAUGCUUUGGACUGGGUAGGCCCCCAUACUAGUAC